CUCAAGAAGCAUGGACAGCAGCACAUUUGAAAGAAACGUCACCAUCCAAAUAAAGAAAGUUCUCGACGAGAAUUAUGCUUUUAUGAGUGAUACGUCAGAAUUAGAUGUGUUCGCCAGAGCUUUUUGUGACUUGUAUAUACUCGAGGAAACAUUUGAACCCAUGCAAUACAGUUUGGUCCUGCCACAAGAUUCACCGCUAACAGAUAUGUUUUCUGAGGAGGUAACAAUGGUUCAGGAGAUCGGUUUGAUGCAGUACUGGUUCAGGAAGUGGAACCCGAGGCUGAACGAUAGCGCAUGUGCUUCAACAGAAACAGGGGCCAAGCCGAUAGGUCUGGAGAAGCUGGUGUCGGUCUCACUCGCCCUCCUGGUGGGGAUACUGUGUUCGGGUCUGUGCCUUCUCAUUGAGCUGGUCGUUAAGGCUUCAUCAUCACUGUUUUGAAGAACACAAUACAUAGGCGCCUUGUUUAUUCAGUCCUUUGAGAGAUCGCAUGCUAACAACAUAGUACAAGGCGAUGUAUCAAUGUGAACCGUUUUGCAUGUGCCAUGUGUCUGUUGUGGUCUUCCUGCAAGACGUUGGUCACACAAACAGAGACGCUUCAGGUCUAACCAGGGAUAUCGAAGACAACCAAAGUCCAAACUUCAGUCCUUAUGAUGCCGUCAUGCUGCUGUGUCUGUUGUUUCAAGUGAUUCUCAGCUAGGAAUUCAUUUUCAGUUCUGAUGGUGCAUUCGAUGGAUAAGUAAAAUUUACACAGAAGCAGGCCAUGCUAUAAUUUAAAGAAAUACAUGUGAACUAUAGCAUUGUUCAUGACCUUGAA